AUGGAUAUACUGUUUAUUGGACGAUGUCUUGGUUUGUUAAUGAUGGUAGUCGGUUCUGUUUUCUUCUGUUACGUACCUUACGGUCGUCUUGCUGUUGUCAGAGAAGAACUUGAAAAUGUUACUGGUACUUCAAUUCAUUAUGUCGACUUGUUAAAGUUUACAUUGAAUUUAAAAACAUGUAAAGAAGCAUUACGGAGCUUGUGGACUGGAUGUAGCGAUGAAGUGCAGCAGACGCAUCGGCAUGAUCUACUUUAUGAGAACUGCCAACAACUAUAUGGGAUUGUAAAUCAUAAUUGUGCAGAGAAGUUAGAUAUUGAACAGAUUGACGAGAAUUCCUAUGUCAAUUAUGGAUGUAUUUCUGAAUCUGGUCAACAGUUAAGUAUACUGUCAAUUAAUGCAGGUCUUAUCAAUGUCACAAGUAUCAAUUCACGAAAUUUGCCAGGAAUAAUUUUUAAACGGUGCAAGAUUCCACCAGUUGUCUAA